GUUUCUUUGUCUUCGAUUUGGUUUUUGUUCUGUGCCAUUCAUUCUGCCUUGUGGCAAUGCCAUAAACACAAAAGGUUUGGUUGGUUUGGUUCGAUGCUUCCAGAGCAGGCACUCAUAGCUCCCGUACCAUUAGGCCAGUGAUAGUCUCAUCAUGUUGGCGUUGCGAAGUAGACAUGUCAGGAAACGGGUGACCCGUCAGCUUGGGUCGUCACUCGAACAUGCACUACUUUAUCAUCCUCAGCUUUGUACCGCAGAAAUGAAAGCCAGGCAUUGUUCUUCAAGGGGUAUGUGGGACCGCCGAAUGGAUGCUAAUAAGAAGCAUUGGAAUACUGAUGUCUCAUCAUCACUGAUCAAUAGCAAUGGUGUCGGCAGAGGUCGGUGCCAUCUGAGUACACUAUUUAGCAUCACCGAAGAAUCCGACCAUGACGAAGAAGAAGAAGUGCUGAAGGCAAAAUCGGGCAAUGUUUCUAGAUCUAUAGAUACCACAACUACUCGUACCCCAGAAUCAGAACCACCACGGAACGUCCACCAAAAACCAAAACUAAAAAAGAAGAAACCAAACCAAUCCUCAGUCCGAGAAAUGCUGCAACAAGGAAGCGACUCGCAUAGAAAAAGAAAUGGGAAAACAAAUAACCGAAACAAUAAGCCGAGCAAUGGGCCAUGGUUGCGAGGGCAAGGAAGUAAUGCCCAAUCUUCCCCUGAAACACCGAUGGAUUAUUUGGUCGUUUUGGAGGCAUAUCGAGAGAAAGCGAAACAAGAUGGUGGAUUUGCAGUUGCUCACCAAGCAGAAGUGCUACUGGAAACCAUGGAAUCGAAACAACUUAUUGCAGCACCACCCACACUGAAAUGUUAUGAAACAGUCUUACAAGCCUACAUGAGCUGCAAAGGAGGAACAGAUGCUGCUGAAAGAGCCGAAAUUGUCCUUUUUCAUCUGCUCAACAACCGUUCCAACGAAACAGCAACAGUACCCAAACCAACAACUCACACUUGCAACCUGGUCAUUGAAACAUGGGCAAACAGUAGUGGCAGCACAGAUGCUACUGAUCGAAUUUCCAACUUAAAAGGCGCCAUGUUGCAAGCUGGUAUCCCUGUAAAUGCCACCACUGUUCAACUCGAAAUGAAAGCUUGGUCCCACAGUGGUCAUCCAAUGGCACCCGAGAAGAUUUUGAAGGUGCUGUUGCAGAUUGCAUCUGCAUGGCAGCAAAACAACAACAACAAGUCUGACGCCAAUACUAUGGCUCCCAAUUUGAGCAUGUUUCACACGGCCAUGACAGCCUUGGCAAAGAGUGCGACACACCACAAUCAGCGCAGCGCUUCCAACGUGGCGGUGCAAAUUGACACCUUGUUGCAGACCAUCCUAGAGAAGCAGACUCUUUGGAACCUGCAACCCACUUUGCGAACAUUUAUGAUCGCCUUGGGAGCCUGGGAACGGGCGGAACGAGUAGAGAGAACCGGGGUGGCAGCCCAAAGGGCGGAAGAUAUUCUGGACUUGAUGAUGAUGAGUCCAAGACAUCGAGAUUCCAAUGGCGCGGAUCCGCUGGCCACAAUCUGCUUCACGACCGUCAUGGUGGCGUGGAGUCACGCCGGCAAACCACGGAGAGCUGAGUCUAUCUACCGACGCUUGAUUGACUUGUACAAUAAUUCAGAAGAGCGCCAGAAUCGGAGGCUCUUGCCCACUACGGUGUCCGCCAACACUGUGCUCAAUGGAUGGGCCAAGCAGGGACAGCCAGAUCGCGCACUGAAAUUUAUGGAAACUAUGCAACAAGUCGCCAUCGACACCUUCCCAAGGCAUCCUGAAUGUCAGCUCGAUAUCACGAGCUUCAACAUACUGUUGAAUGCUUUGGGCAAACAAGGGAGGGUGGAGGAUGCAAUGGAGUUGCUGCAAUGGUUAGAAAAACGUGAGCACAAUGCUCCUCUGCAGGGCAACAAGUAUGAUUCGUUGUUCCAACAAGAUGCCAUUCAAGGAUUGAGCAAACCCAAUAAGGUAUCUUAUUGCAGCGUCCUUGUGGCCCUUGGUAGGAGACCAGAUUUGGUGGACAAAGCUGAAUCCAUGAUUGCACAAAUGAGAAAAGAGGGCAUUGAACCAACAGCAUUUGCCUUGACCUCCGUGAUCCACGCCUACGCACUGGCCAAUGAUCCCAGAAAAGUGCACAAAGCUCAUGGUUUGUUUCAGCAAAUGCUGCAAAAGCAAACCCUAGAUGCUGCCUGCUGUACCGCCUUUCUGCAGGUGUGCUCACGCGCAUUGCCGGAGGAGCACAAUCUAGCUUUGGACCUGGCAGUGUCUGUUUACGAGUCUCUAGAGCCACGAGAGCGGAAUGAUGCUUUCUACCUUGGAAUGACAAGGUUGAUUCGUCAUCUUGUAGCUUGGGAGAGUGUGAAGGAUACCGAAAGAUGGUCGACACCGGAAGAGGUGAAAGCUGAACGCCAAAACAUGCUGCAGCGAAUAGCAAGAGACUGUUGUGAUAGUGGGCAUUUGGCUCAAAAUGUCCUUGUUGAGUUUCGAAAAGAAGGAGGUCUGAUAGCGGAGUCACUUCGGAGUGACUGCUUGCUGCCAAAUUGGAGCCACAAUGUUCCAAAGCAACCAAACCCACCGCACAGAGCCAAACCGGAAAACAAAGCGCUGUAGCAGCAACAUGUAACACCAUGGAUUGCAUUAUCAUCAGUUCCAUCCGAGCCUUCUGGCUCAUUGCACACUAGCUAGGCUAGGGAUAUUUUUAAGUUAGCUGUUGUAGUCACCACCUAGCUUUGAAGCAGCUGGCUCGUCCAUGAUCCAAGUUGCCACGGGCCUUAGACCGACAGCCGGAAAGGUCUGGAUUGUUUCUGUAGGAUCAGCAAUGGCACGGCGCAUCCCUUCCGAUUUUCCCUGGGGAUAUUUGUCGCUUACUCCACACGCUGCCACCACAACCUUUUUAGCUGCCGCCAUGACGGGCAGGGUAAGAGUAAUGGAGGGUGGGCUCUUCAUGGCCACUGGCAAAACCCACGGUCCGUCACUUCCAACCAAGACUUCGUCGCGAUUGGGAUAGAGGCUGCCAACAUGACCGUCAUCCCCAACUCCAAUCAAUGCCAAAUCGAAAACGGGCAAUCCAGUAGAGGCAUCCCUUGGCAGCUGCGCUUCGCUCAAUGCCUUGAGUUUGGCUUCGUAACUUGCUGCUUCGGCAUCCCCGUCAUCUGUGCCUGCCAUGACAAUAGCAUUGACUCCAAACCAUUUGUUCAUGAACAAAUUGCACGCUUUGGCGUGAGUGGCCAGGUCAGCAUCGUCCAUGGCGACACACUUGUGAUUGACAUAGGCCAGAGUGGUCCUGGAAGUCCAACCGAUUCCCUGCAGGAUAUCGUCUCCCACCAACAUUUUCAGAAUGGAUCCACCGGGAAUGGCCAAAGCGAAAUAUCCUCGGGCAGCAAUUGCUUCAUCGGCGGCUUCUUUGACGAGAUUUCUCACAGUAUCGCCAACCGCUUGAGCGUCUUUCAACACAAUGACUUGAUCCACGGGGGUUGGAGCUGCUGCUUCGAGGGUGGCCAUCAGCGGCAAUGAUCGAGCCGCUACUGGAAGGGUAUUGGGAACCAAAAAGGCCGUCGCAACCUGCAGUGGCAGCAGCAAGGCGAUAACAGAACGCGAAGAGCGCAUCUUGUUC